GGAGGCUUGUAGAUUUGUACUCAUUUCCAGGACUCCCUCUUGUGAGGACAGUUUCUCCAUUUAGAUAAUUAGUGGGCCAAGUCUCUUGAUCUACCUACAGUGGGGGCGAUGGCCUCCUGGCUGUGGGGACUGUUUGGUCCUGUGCUCUUGCUUGCAGCCCUGAAGUCCUGGAAGUUCUGGAGCGUGGCAGGUGGCCUUGCACGAGUUUUCCAUUACUUUGACCAAGUUGAGAGGUGAAAGGCCAGGAAUCAAAGUUAUGGAGAUAUAAAAUCUCUGUCCUGGGGCUGGUGAGGUUCCAGUGCCCACAGUCUGGUGCUAUCUGGCAUUUUUCACUGUCCCAAGCUUGUAAAUAAAACCAUUGCACAAUCUGCAACCCAGAAUUCAGAGCUCUUAGCCCACAAGCAGCUGGGCCUUGGAGGUGUUUGCUCAUGACCUUUUUAGUCUCACCACACCCUGGGGCUCCUGGGAGGAGCUGAGGUCUGAGCUGUAGUGCCAGGAUGCUGCCUCUGUCAGUACGGGCGUUCUGCUGCCUUCCUGGGUCCCGUCACAUCCUUCCUGCUCAGCCAUUGGGUGCACAGGAUGGAAACUGCUCUCCCCUAUCUGGAAGACGGCGCGUGGUGUGGUUUCAUAGAGCCGUGGUUGGAGACUGAAGCAGCAGCCCCUUUCUCAGGCUUUCUGUAGCUAGUCUGUGUUGGAGGAAAGAGAAGCACUCCAUGCCCUGCAGGUCCGAGAAGAUGGAAGGACAAGUAGUAGGCGGGAUGUUCAGGCUCUUCCGCAACCGCCUUCCUCGACUCCGUGCAGGACCUCCCCAGGACAAUCGGGGGGAAGCUGUAAAGGAACCGGAAAGAGCCCAGGAGCUCUGUCUACCUAACUUUGCUGGAGGGCAGCACUUCUUUGAAUACCUCCUUGUGGUUUCCCUCAAAAAAAAGCGUUCAGGGGAUGAUUAUGAGCCCACGAUCACCUACCAGUUUCCCAAGCGGGAGAACCUGCUUCGGGGCCAACAGGAGGAGGAGGAGCGGCUGCUCGGAGCCAUCCCCUUGUUUUGCUUCCCAGAUGGGAAUGAGUGGGCACCACUCACUGAGUAUCCCAGGGAGACCUUCUCCUUCGUCCUGACCAAUGUGGAUGGGAGCAGGAAGAUUGGAUACUGCAGGCGCCUCUUGCCCGCCGGCCGCGGCCCUCGCCUCCCCAAGGUGUACUGCAUCAUCAGCUGCAUUGGCUGCUUCGGCUUGUUCUCCAAGAUCCUGGAUGAAGUGGAGAAGAGGCAUCAGAUCUCCAUGGCAGUCAUCUACCCGUUCAUGCAGGGCCUGCGAGAGGCGGCCUUCCCUGCUCCUGGGAAGACUGUCACCCUCAAGAGCUUCAUCCCUGACUCGGGCACUGAGUUCAUCUCACUGACGCGGCCUCUGGACUCCCACCUAGAACACGUGGAUUUUAGUUCUCUGUUGCAGUGUCUCCGUUUUGAGCAGAUUCUGCAGAUCUUUGCCUCUGCAGUGCUGGAGAGAAAAAUCAUCUUCCUGGCAGAAGGUCUCAGCACCCUGUCUCAGUGCAUCCACGCUGCGGCUGCGCUGCUCUACCCCUUCAGCUGGGCACACACCUACAUUCCUGUUGUCCCUGAGAGCCUUCUGGCCACCGUGUGCUGCCCCACUCCCUUCAUGGUUGGAGUACAGAUGCGUUUUCGGCAGGAGGUUAUGGACAGCCCCAUGGAAGAGGUCCUGUUGGUGAACCUUUGUGAAGGAACCUUCUUAAUGUCAGUUGGUGAUGAAAAAGACAUCCUACCACCCAAACUUCAGGAAGACAUCUUAGACUCUCUUAGUCAGGGGAGCGACUUACAGACUUCGGAACAAAUCAACGAGCAUGUUUCAGGCCCUUUUGUGCAGUUCUUUGUCAAGACUGUGGGCCACUAUGCUUCCUAUAUCAAGCGGGAGGCAAAUGGGCAAGGCCACUUCCAAGAACGGGCCUUCUGUAAGGCGCUGACCUCCAAGACCAACCGGCGAUUCGUGAAGAAGUUCGUGAAGACACAGCUCUUUUCUCUUUUCAUCCAGGAAGCUGAGAAGAGCAAGAACCCUCCUGCAGGUUAUUUCCAACAGAAAAUACUUGAAUAUGAGGAACAGAAGAAACAGAAGAAAUCAAGGGAAAAGACUGUGAAAUAAGAGCUGUGGUGGACAGGAGUGAUUAGACCUACAGGCCAGCUUUGGACUUUGGCCCCUGCUGGCAUGCUAGGCUCGGUGAAGCUCUCAGCCCCCAGAAUCCACAGCCUCCUUCCGAGUCCUGGUAACUAGGUCUGGCUUCAAGCUGGUGUCUUGAGCAUGGGAUCCCUGGAAUCAGCUUUCUCAGGACUUUGGAAGGCUCUGAGCUGUGCGCUCACAGAGCUGGGCUCAAAGCUGCAUUUCCUGCAGAGGCAACACAGAGCACGGAACAGUAGUCCAGGUGUCAUAGAGACUUAGAAGUUGCUGUAACUGCCCUCUCCCAAGAACCACUAUUACAAAAUCCUCAACAGAGAAAGCAGUUGUGGCCGAAAGGCUCAGUCUCUCCACGUAAGAAAAGAGAUCUGUGGACAUGUGAGGGUAACAAUAAAGAUGAAGAUCUUGUUGUUUA